UUUAGAAACGGAGAGACCAAAGGAAUGCUGUGCGAAAGGCAGCGCGCUAACUAGAAUAGGGAAUCCACAGCGCCCCAACGAUUUUGCCUUUGAGGAAGUACGUCCGUCGCCAAAUAGGGUCCUGGGGGUUUCUGGUAGAAAGACCCCCAGGCAGAAUGAAAUAUGACCCCCCGGCAGACAUAGAUCCCGAGCGUGGGAGGUAGAUCCCCAGGGAGAAAGAUCCCCAAGUAGAUAGAUUCACAGGAGGGCUCCCAGGGACGGAGACACACCCCCAGGGACAUACAUUCUCAGUGAGAAACUUAGAACCCCAGGGAGAUAGGUGCCCAGGGAUGUAGUUUUCUUCUAGGGAAAUAGCCCCCCAGGUAGAUUGAUAACAUAGACCCCAGGCACUGACGCAGGUAAACCCCCAGUGAAGUAGGGCCACAGGUUGGCAAGUAGCCCCCCAGGUAUGGGAAGGCUUUCAGCGGUAGAUCCCACGGUAUGGGCAGGAGCUGCGCCCCCUGCGCUCGGGGGCUGGCUUUGUUCUAUCUGCCGGGCAGAACUGGCAGCGCCUUCUUUCGCUUUGCUAGCUUUCCCUUCCCACCCUCGGCCGGCAGCGCCGCUUUAGUUGGAAGGCAAAGGGGCCGCGAGCAUGCCAGCAAGCAAGCUGCAUGACCCGGAGGCCGUGUUGGCUUUGUGCGCCUUCCCCUCAGAUAUAGAAUGAUCUCUCAAGAGCGCCGCUGUGCCACAUUCGUUCCCCCAAGCAGGCUGGCCCGGGUGGCGUUCUCCCGCGAAACCCCCGCGGUGCCUCCUGUUUCUUGCCUUCCUUCGGGCCUGCAGUCGUGCGCGUGGCCCCACUUCUCGCCGGGCCAGGCCCCGUUUAUUGUAGAAAGACGCCGGGAGUACAACAGUAGUUCGUCACUACAUGUUAUCGCCGCCGAGGCGGCGGUAGUGAGGUCACGCUGGGUUUUUUUUGACUGGGCGCGGCCGUCCUCUCGGACCGGCGCGACCUACGGUCGCGCGGUCCGAGAUCUUUUGUUUUUGGGCGCGGCAACAGGCCUCGGGCCGGCGCGACCUGCGGUCGCGCGGCCCGAAGACUUAGCGCGCCCGCGCUGCGGGCGCAGUGCGCAUUUGCUUCCCCCCGCCUCAUACAUAAGAGCUUCUGCUGAUUGGUUCUACGCGGUCUAGAGUGUGCUAUCAGGAGGGUGUUCGCCGCUGUGAUCCGUGGGCCCCGCACCUUCAAGUCAUCGAUCGGGGGCAGGCGUAGCAAGGGCGGCGACGCGAGACGCGGAUGGGAAACCUGAAAAAUGAAUUAGAAGUGAUUGCAUGUGGGAAGACGAAGAGCCGCGAAAUUCUGCACAUUACAUGUAGGAAAUAGAGCCUUCAAGUGAUGGCGUGUGGGAUAUAGAGUAUGAGCCUUGAAGUUCUGCACAUGAGCGAAGGCGUGUCAAGCUGGCUGGUGGCUGCACUAGCUAUGUAAUUAAAUACUAAUUGGAAGACGAAGAUCAUGAUCCACGCAACAUCCUCCUGAUCCUGAUCCUGAUCCACGAAAGCAGACGAAGGAACGAAAAACAACCAAAGCGGCGAACGAACCCAAGCACGCACUGUGGCAUUGCUCUAGCUUCUCCGGCGCUAGUACGUGCUUGCUUUCUUUUUUGGUUUUGGUCUUCUUGGGUGCCGAAGGGCCAAAAAAAUCAUACACGUUGUCACACACGAAAACGCUGUUGCUCAUCUCAUCAUACAUAGAUCAAAGACUGCGGUCUGCUGUAUCAUACAAAGCAAAAAGACUGCGGUCUGUGGCCGCAGGAGGCAACUUUUUUCACUCUUGCCUCCUCCUACGCACCCGCUCCCGCGAAUACCGGGGCGCAGGCGGAUGCUCGGCCAACAAGUCGUCCUCUUCGUCCAUGAGGACGUCUUCGUAAGUCCAUUCGUCAUCAUCGUCGACGUCUUCGUAAGUCCAUUCGUACUCCCGUCGUAGAAAGACGCCGGGAGUACAACAGUAGUUCGUCACUACAUGAAGCCGUCAGCGUCCCCUCGCAGCUAGAAGUACAAGUAGGAGUAUUACGUACCCUUCACCUCAUCGUGAUAGUGAUGAACGAUGACGAGGACACGGGAAAAGCUGCAAACAGUUUCUCUAUUUCGUAUUCGUACGUCACACUCUGACCUAGCUGAUUUCAAGUUGAGUUUGAAACAACGCUCAUGAUUCUCGAUCAAUAAACUCGUCUAGGAUUGUCAAGACGUUCUCUCCUCGUCGGCGUAUCCGUACCGCUCGACAUAAUAAGAAAUCGCUGCUUAGUUGUUGGGGCACAAUAAGUGUGUUUUUUUUUCUGCCCGUGAAGGUUAUAUAUAGUUAACCAAUAAGGCAAGAGCCGAAUAAAACUUGUUCGUCCAGCACGACGUAGUCGGCUAGAAGAGCAAAUCGCAAACCCUAGAGAAAAAAGGUCACCCUCCAGUAGUUCUUCCCAAGCCAACGAGACCCUCGUCCAGGAAAGAACUUCAAAAGAACCGACCUGGGAUUACGACGACAACCGAUCGCUAGAUGACGGCUUUGUCGAAGUGCUGCGUCGGCGCUGGAACUGCAAAAAUGGACCAGAUUAAGCUCGAGCCGCAGCUGAGCAUGGAGGAGGUGACCAAGAUUGCCGACCAGAUCGCGGCCUGCGACUGGGACGAGAGCGCGGAGGGCCCGAUCAGUUGGACGGAGUACAACGGGCUAGGGAAGUGCACCUACCACCAGCACAAGGGCAAAGAGGAGAAAAUCGCCAAGUGCCCCCACAUGAUGCAAAUGGGUCCCAAACCAAGACCCACGGGGCUUGCGGAGACUGCGUUGGACUUCGUGGGGAACACGCCUCUGAUCAGGCUCGACCGCCUGGCAAAAGCCCUGGGGUUGCCGGAAAAAGUGGAACUCAUGGCCAAAGCGGAGUGCUACUCAGCGGGAGGUACUUGUUGUGUUUUGCCAUGGCUGGUGUCCAUGUCCUAGUUUCUCUCUAUGAUUUUUUCAACAAAAAGAACAGAACCAACGGUAGCCCGUACUAGUUCGUUGCAUUUACAUUUUUUUCACAGCAUUUUUACUUUUUAGUGCUUCCUUCAAAAUGAAUCAAAAACAAACCCGCCAUAACUGGAUAGCCAAAAACUACUCUUGCCACGCAGGUUCCGUGAAGGACCGAAUUGCCGUGCGAAUGAUUGAGCAGGCGGAAAAGGAGGGCCGCAUCCGCCCGGGAGAUGUUCUCAUCGAGCCAACCAGUGGCAACACGGGGGUCGGUUUGUGCAUGGCCGCCGCGAUUAAGGGCUACAAAUAUCAAGAGGAAAAAUCCCCCCUGCCUCCCCACAUCAAAACGAAACUUCUGAUGCUGGAUUUGAGUACACAAAUCAGGUUUGUAUUGCAGGAAAGCAUUGCAGUCAGAUCCCCAGGCUAGGUAGGGGCGUAUGCGUCUAGGUGUUCAGCAUGACAAGCGGCUCCCCUUGAGGCCCAACAGCAUGACAAACCGCUUCCAUAGUGGGGCGGAAGCUUCUGCCCUUGUCUUCUUGCAAUACAAAUGUGAUUUGCGACCGCAAAUCAGCAAGACAAAUUUUCGGAAACAUAGCUUUUCGAUAUGGGGAGGGGGGAUUUUUGCUUUUGAUAACAAAGUGAUCAUCACCAUGCCCAUGAAGAUGUCCGGGGAAAAGCUGAACAUGAUGAAAUACCAAAUGCAAAAAUGUCUGGGUCUGGAAGAGCCAAACUUGUGACGCUGCAUUUGGAUGCUAAAAAAACCUGUAUUGCAUGACAACCAAGAGGAUUCAAGUUUGGCUACGCGGAGAGGGCAUUUGUCAUGCUGGAUGCGCAUAGAUAAGCGCUCAAAAAAUCUGUGAUGCUAUGGCAUACAUUACAGACAUCAUGGAUCAUGGAAAAUGUGCAUGACAAAGCUGUGCGCUUCCAGACCCAGACAUUUUUACAUUUGAUAUGAAGGCACUGGGCGCCAUCAUCUACCGAACACCAACAGAGGCCGGAUGGCACGACAACAACUCUCACAUCGCGCUCGCAUUGCGGUACACUAGUUUUGCCGCGUUCGCGAUUAUGAUUUCUUUUUAAUAUCAUACGAGUUGAAAGCUGAGACGCGUUCGAUAAAAGAACGAAGAAAGAAAAUGCCUAUGCUGUGAGGCGAUGGAUACAUCAACAUGUGAAGAAGUAGAAGAUGAGCCUACGCGUGACCACAUUUGAAUUGAACUACAUCAAAUUCAAAUCAUUCUAUGUUGCUUAGGUUGCAAAAGGCCAUCCCGAACGCCCACGUGCUAGACCAGUACCAGAACACGGGAAACCCGAUGGCGCACUACGAGGGCACCGGGCAGGAGAUCGUGAACCAGACCGACGGUAAGCUCGACUACAUGGUCGCAACCGCGGGCUAUCAAAGUGAAAAAAGCCCCCACCCCAUGUCGGAAACGGAAGAUGCGCGAAUUUGUGAUGCUGUAUUUGAGUACACAAAUCGACUUGUAUUGCUAGAAGGCCAAGAGACGAAGCGGCGGCCUAAAUUGUAAGUAAUCUGUCAUGCUGUUUCCCACUUCCAGUUGCCUCCUGUCAUCCUGGAGCUGGAAGGCUUUCCCACACUAGACAGCACUAAAGUCCGCAUCUUUUGCCUUCUAGCAUCACAAAGCUGAUUUGUGGCCACAAAUCUGCAUCACAGAUUUCCGUUUUGAUAUGGGGAGGGGGCAUUUUUCACUGUAAUACGGGCACCGGCGGAACCAUCACCGGUCUGUCAAGAAAAUUGCGCGAAGAAAUCCCAAGUGUCAAGAUUGUCGGGGUCGAUCCGAAGGGGUAUAGUAUUUGAAAAACUUAAAGUCGGGAUUGAAUUUGGACAAGAACUAAUAGUCUUGCAUGAGUGUAGAACGUGGCGGGCUUCUAUCUUCUUGGCGUAAGUACCAAAAUAUCCUCGUGGCGUCGAAGAGUGAGUGCCCGUAGUAGCUUUAUUCUGCGCAUCGCCUUAUGUUGACAUCUUUUGAAACAAAAAAUGAAACAGGUCCAUCCUCGCACUGCCGGAAAGCCUGAAUGACGAAAAGCGGUUGCAGCCAUACCAGAUCGAGGGGAUUGGGUAGCGUUUGCUUUAUUCUAUGCGUUCAACUACGCAACAAAACAGUGAGAACACUGCAUUUGUCAUUGUCAUACAGAAUGAGUGCAGCCUCUUCCAAGAAAUUCGCUUUAUGAAGUGUAACGACCUUAUACGCCAAAUCACCCCUAGGUACGACUUCAUUCCAACGGUGCUCGACCGGGAAGACGCUGCCGACAAGUGGGUCAAGACCGAUGACGCUGAGUCUUUCAAAAUGGCCCGCAGUAUCAUUCGUCACGAGGGAAUUAUGGUCGGUGGCAGUGCGGGAAGUUGCAUGGCCGGCGCCCUGAAAGCCAUCCAAGAGCUCGACAUCAAGGAGGGACGGGUUUGCGUCCUGUUCUCGGACUCCACGCGAAACUACAUGUCCAAAUUCCUCGACGACGCCUGGAUGGAGAAAAACGGCUUCCCGUUGGACGUGUACUAA